GCUGUAUCUGAUGGUUUCUUGGAAAGAAGAGAGAAGAAAAGUCCGGUUUCUCUUCUUCCUCAACUUCGCUACAUACCGAAAAUUUCUUCAACUCUCUUCGCUUUGAUUGAAAUCUCUGAAGCAGAUUCCCUCUUCAGAUUAUUUUUCUCCAGCAAAAAGUUUGGAUAUCUAAUUUGGGAUCUCAUCAAGAACCAGGCUGACUCUUGAAUCUCAAGAUAGCUACAUGAAUAUGACCCGAUGAUAUGAUGGAUAGAAAGCAGCAUAUUGCAAUAUUUACAACAGCAAGCCUUCCAUGGAUGACUGGAACUGCUGUCAACCCUCUGUUCCGUGCCGCUUAUCUUGCAAAGGAUGGAGAGAGAAAAGUUACAUUAGUGAUUCCUUGGCUGUCUUUGAAGGACCAAGAACUUGUUUAUCCAAAUAAAAUUACUUUUGGAUCACCAUUGGAGCAGGAAACUUAUGUCCGUCGGUGGCUUGAAGACAGGACUGGAUUUUUAUCUGGAUUUAACAUAUGUUUCUAUCCAGGCAAGUUUGAUCCAGAGAAAAGGAGCAUUUUAGCUGUUGGAGAUAUUACAGAAAUCAUCCCUGAUGGAGAAGCAGAUGUUGCUGUCCUUGAGGAGCCCGAGCAUCUUACAUGGUACCAUCAUGGGCGGAGGUGGAAGACCAAAUUCUGGCGAGUUAUAGGGGUUGUCCACACAAAUUAUUUGGAAUAUGUGAAGAGAGAGAGAAACGGACGGCUGCAUGCCUUUCUUUUGAAACACGCUAACAGCUGGGUUGUUCAAAUCUAUUGCCACAAGGUUAUAAGAUUAUCAGCUGCGACGCAAGAUCUUCCAAGAUCCAUCAUCUGCAAUGUCCAUGGCGUCAAUCCCAAGUUCCUCGAGAUAGGUAGGAAAGUGCAUGAAGAGCAAGUAAACAGAAACCAACCAUUCACCAAGGGUGUCUACUACAUUGGGAAGAUGGUUUGGAGCAAAGGCUAUAGAGAGCUCCUUCAACUACUUAAAGCCCACCAGAACCAACUUCCAGACUUUCAAGUAGACUUGUACGGGAAUGGGGAAGACUCUGAUCAAGUCCAAGAAGAAGUUAGAAAAUUGAAACUGACCGUUGAAGUCAACCCGGGGCGCGACCAUGCUGACCCUUUGUUUCAUGAGUACAAAGUGUUCUUCAAUCCAAGCACAACCGACGUAGUUUGCACAACCACAGCUGAAGCUCUGGCCAUGGGCAAAAUCGUUAUUUGUGCUGACCACCCGUCAAAUGACUUCUUCAAGCAAUUCCCCAAUUGCCGUAUGUACAAAGAUGGAGAUGAGUUUGUAAAAGUAACACGCACGGCACUGACUGACAAGCCAGCUCGGCUAACUGAUGACCAAAUGCACGAACUGUCAUGGGAGGCUGCCACAGAGAGGUUUGUGGGGGCCGCUGAGCUCGAUCACAAGUUCAUUGAGGAACCAGUGGCCCCAGUGACACCGGGUUUUAUGUCAGCGUCGUUGUUGGUAUCGGAUCUAACGAAGAAUAUGGAAGAUGCAUCAGCAUUUGUGCACUAUACGGCUUCUGGGAUUGAAGCGGCCCGCCGUGCUUUUGGUGCAAUGCCAGGGAGUUUGCAACCAGAUGAGGAGCAGUGUAAGGAGCUGGGCCUGGUUCUUCCAGCGGGAAAGCCGGAUUCAAAGCACUGAUUCAAGAGGAAUGCUACAUCUGCCUGAGUGAGUGCACCUUUUUUGCACUCUUAGCAUGCAUGUGCAAGAUCCAAGCCACUCAUCAGGUCGAUCCAUCUGUGUAGAUUUUUAGCCUGAUGUACAUUACUCUUGUAGUUUAUUCUGUGGGGAUCUCUGAUUUUAUUUUUAUUUUUUUCCUCUUUUCAUUCAUGUAUUUCUUCAAGUUGUCAUUUGGAUGCAUGGAAAGCACACUUGAACAAAUAUAUAGUCGGCAUACUAUCCCCAUUUCUCUC